CCUUUGUGUUUCUCUCUAAAUUUAGAUGGCAUCAGUCAGACAUAUGGUCUAAACUAUAAGAUGAGAAUAAAUUGGGCGACAUCCAUGCUUCAAGGCUAAAGGAUAAUAACACAAAAAAACUGGAUGCUUUCUGUUUUCUCCAAGCCAUGAACGACAAGUCAAGUUUGCCAGAUAACAAAAUGAUGAACCCCACCACACAGACAUCAGUACAGCCUACAGUGGAGAUGAGUGCCACCAAGGAAGCCAGGCACAAGUCAACUGCCAAAGAGAAUGACCAAGCCAGAGUUCGUAGAACCUACAAGGUGUUUACAUGUAAAACAAAUCAACCGACCGGUCUACUGGAAUCACCUGGAAACUUGGGCCUCGGCAGAACUACUGACCUUAGCAUUGACAAAACUACUGACCUUGGAUUUAACAAAACAACUGAGCUUGAUCUUAAUGAGAAAACUGCUGAACUCUCAGACACCAAAGUUAAAAACAAAACAAAGGAUUGUCAAGAGAGCAGCUUGAAUGAUGACAAGCUGGCAUCACAGAGUACUGACAAUAUCAUCAAGCUUUGUGAUCCUGAUCUUAAAGAUCCUAAGCCAGGUGAAUCUGUACCAGAUCCUGACAGAAAUAAUGAACAUGCAAAGUCCAAGGGUAAAGGGGAGAAAAAGGUGACCAGCAUAGACAUUCAUACCAAGCACAAACAUUUACAAAAGUUGAACGCCCCUUUUAAAAAAGCUAAAAACAAGAUGAGGAAAUACAUGGGUCAAAAGAAGGUAAAAAUACAGGCAAUACUGGGGGAUAUGGACCCCACCUUGCCUAGCAACAGUGAUGAGAUGCAUGAUGAUAACGAAGAUGAUGAAGGUCAAAGUUCAGGCGACAUGCUGCAUAAACAUGAGAGCGUAGAUGGCAAGGGUACAUUGACCCCAUCAGGUGUAGUGACCACACCCAACUCAGGUGAUUGUAAUCCAAGGCCACUGACCUACCAUGUGAAAAACCUGGGGCCAACUGACUCAAGCGUGGACACAUCCAGUGAUUCAGAGGAGGAAGUCAGUGAUGAAACAGAAGACCACACCAACAACAAUGUACAGGAGAGUGGAACUGCUCAGAGUCUGAGUGACGUCAAAGAAGACACGCAAGUGUUAAAGCUGAAUAUCUCUCCAGAGGGUAUCCACUGUGAUGACACAUUCCCUGACCGCAGGAUUAAACUUCCAAGCAACAAUGCCAAGCUGCACAGGCAGGUGCCAGACUUUGUGUCUGCUCCCACAUCCAAACCUAGACUAGCAUGGAGCUCUCCAACAACGCCAGUUAGAAGUUUACAUACAGAUGAGAGGAAAACCUUAACUGGAUUGUCAGAGUUAAGCCCCCUGGACAAACUGAUUCCUACACAGGUAACAAGCUUUCAUACAAAUGUAGAAGAUGAAGUUCAGUGGGAUGAUGUCCCCAGGGAUACAGUUGUAGAGAAGAAAAAAGAUAAUAAAAUAGCCAAAGAUGAAGUUCAGAAGAAUGAUUUUCCUAAAGAUACAGAACUAGUAAAGAAAAAGGAUGAAAACAAAAAAGUUAAAACUAUAAAUGAAAGGACUGAAGAGAUGUCUGGUGCUGUCAAGUCUUCCAAGGGAAAUAAGCAUAAACCUAUUGUAGAGAAAUAUGAUGAGAUUACAGAGAAGGAUGAGCACUCGGAUAUAUCUUCACCUGAGGAGGCUAAACCUAAACAGAGUUCUCUCUCCUGGACCAUAGCUACAUCAAACACUGACAUGAACAAAAGCUCAGAGUCACUAAAUGACAAAGUUGAUGGCAAAACCGGGAAGAAAAAACACGCCAAAACUAAAGAGAAGAAAAACAAUUUAAAAACAGUGAAACACAACAUCCCCAAACUACAGGACAUCAAAUCCUCUUUGUUUUCUUGGAUCCCAACCAACAGUCGUACAGCUAAGAAACUGAGCUCUAAGCAAACAGAGCAAGAUAAUCAAAAUAAGAAAGAUGUUCCGCUAGAAGAAAGUCAGAGCUCAACAAGCUCCCUACAACAAUGGGAUUUGAAUAAGAAUGACUUAGCCAAAGACAGCCCAAGCAACCAAGAUUCUAACAGUGAUCCACAUGGACUUAUAUCUGUCAGCAUGAAACACGCAAGCACUACAAUGCAAAACACUUCAACCAAAAAUUUGACAGAAAUGUUUGCAGCUUCCAACACAAAGACUUCAACACGAAAUUCACACAAGUAAAGAACUAAAAAUAAAGUACAGCUACAUAUGUAAUUAGUCAUCAUAAAUACAAUCAUAUAAAUAUGUGUGCCUUGUAGUAAAGUUCAUCUAAAUAAGCCUUGAAUUAAAUAUUA